AAAAGCCCCCACAUUCCCCUCAGCCCUCCUCCCAAUUCCCUUGGGAUGUCACUGAGACACAUUCCAUUAAUUUUAGUUCUGAAAGGCCUUUGGAGGGGAGAAGGGUCUCCUUUUUGUGUGGGGCUCUCUCUGCUCCCCCCUUUCUCUUUGGCCUCCUUUUAACCCCAGAUAAUCCAUGGCUGGUUUGAGCAGGGGACUCAGUGCCUGUGUUUGUGUCUUGAGGAGUGGGGGGCGAGUUGAAAAACAGUGGGGCACAUUGGCUUUUUACAGCCUCUGCCCCUCAGCUGGGCGCAGCUCAGCCCUGUGCCAAGUCCAGACUUCUGUCUCCUCACUGCUCUGACAUUUCUACUUGUUGAUCUCAUCCACUGAUCCCCUCCUCCACUUUGUUUCCUGGGAACUCUGCCCACCCGAGAGACCCUCCAAACCUGAAUCUUGAGACUGAUUCAGAAAGGGGAACUUCUGUCCAUCUCUUUACCUACUUUUCAUCCUUUCCCAAUGCUGGGAUUAGCUCCCUUGGGUACCCAGAGGGACAGCAGGCAAAGGCUUCAGAAGUUGUGAUCCUUUGGGACCCCUCUGUUUGGUGGCUGAGGGAGGAGCAUGUUUUGCUGCAUUUUGGGCAGCCCUCUGUGUGCCAGGGCUGCGGGGUCUGUCUUUGGCUGGGGAGGAAAGUAGGGGGCUCCAGGCUAAGUAGCUCAGAACAGAGUUGAAAGAUGACUGGCACCUUGUGUGGCUUGAAAUUUAUCUGCAGGGGAAACAGUAGCUUCACCUCACUUCUGGGUGUGUUUGAAGUAGUAGGCUGGGGUGUGUGCGCUCCAGAGUUCUUUAUUUAGUCCCACGAUUUAUUUAUACCGCCGCCUUCCCUAGUUUCAGAGGAAGUGGUUGGGGACUGGAGUUUGAGAGCUUAUUAAUUGCUUAACUAUCAGUAGCUACACAGUCUAUGAAAGCGCUUCUUUCAUCCCCGUGUUUCUUGCAGCUACCCCAUGAAGGGGGUAUCUUCCCCAACCUCUUGUUUCACCAAAAGGCCCACCAGCCCAUAAGCACAGGAGGGUUAGUAGCUUGCCCACAGUCGCGAAUCUCAGCCAUGGAGAGCCAGGUUUUAAACCUUCUCUUUGUGUAAAUCUCAGUCUCCUUUUGCUGUUGACUCUGAGAUGGGGUGCAGGUAUUUGGGGUGAAGACGAGGAAGGAGUGGGUUCCAGUGUCUGGGUCUCAUCCGUAUCCCUUCUUUGUCCUUUUACUUCAUCAUCCCUUCCGUGAUCCGUUGGUCUUUACCUCCUGGCAAAGCACAGUCUUUACGGGCAGGCUAGAAGGACCAGGUGGGAACCACAUCAAAAGUGGCACAGCCGUAAGGUCAUAACCGUCUGGAGCAGGAGUGAACCAGUAGAGUGGGUUCUCCGGGGGAAGGGUAGAGGAGCUCAACAUGUAAUUUGUAGACAGAGGGGUGAGCACGGGCUGGGCCCUGUUUGUGGCCCUGUUUUAGAGAGGUUCAGGUUUGUUGGAGUAUAUCUGUCCCCAAAGCAUGUGUGUAUCACAUGGGGCUUUGAUGUGGGGGAUAUCGAAAUCACUGGCUCCCGGAUUGUCUCCACAUAACUCUGUCAGGAGGAGAGAUGAGUAGAUUUCACGUCGAUUCUUAUCUCCCCGCAAUGGCAUUCAGUUAGACAGGCGUAUUCGUUUACUCGGUGGGUAUCAGUUACUGCUACCCACUGGAGGGGAGAUGGAUAUAAUUAUGUAUCACCCCUUCUGUCCCUCCCCCUCCCCCCAAGUCCGAGGGAUGGAAAGUCGUUGGAGAAGAGGUAUCACCACAAAGCAAGUUUGUUUCAGUGCUUUAACAUCCGGAACUUCCCAGCAGGGUUGGACCCGGCUGUGUUUAUUCCUUUCGGAAACUCCACUUGUCUUAUUGGCUGUCUUGAGACUUCGCUCUACUGGCCCCUUGGCUUCCUUCUCAGUCUCUCUGCUUGCUCUUCUUGUCCUCGUGGACACGUGCAGUUUGGAGAUCUUGCGUCCCUUCUGAGCUCAGUGCAGCAUCUCUGCAUGUUGACCGUACCUUCCGCUCAAACUCCAGCUCCUUGGAUGCGCAACUGCCCAUUUCUUGCAAAACUGCCGUGAGCUUUGUGCGUGGAGAACAGCGUACUCUCAGCAGCGUACUCUCAGCCCUUUCCCGCAAGCUUGCUUUUCCUCCCCGCACAUGCUCCCGCAUAAACGCCGUCUUCCCAAGCUUGCUUCUUUUAAUUCUCUGCCUUCCCAGAGCUCAGCGUCUUUUCCUCCCUUGCUCAGGAAAAUUGGCACAGUUCAAUAGGCUUCCUGAUAACCUGCAAAUAAAACCGGAACUCUCUGCGUGGCUCCUACAGCUUCUGAUAUCCUCCCAUUCUGAGCUGUGGAGCUGUCGAUUGAAUUUCUCCGAGAUAAGCCCACUCGUCCAGCAAAAUAGAGUCCCUCAGGGUGACAGUUGACUUCCUAAAGGUGCCUCUUGGCCUGAAGAAGCCUGUGCUGAAGGAGGUGGCUGUGGGGCCCCCCAAGAGGCCCCAGCCCGCGGCCCUGGAGCGCUACAAGGCACGGCGUUCAGACGCCAUGGACACCGAGUCCCAGUACUCGGGCUAUUCCUACAAGUCGGGCCACUCCCGCAGCUCCAGAAAGCACAGGGACCGCCGGGACCGACACCGCUCUAAGAGCCGGGAUGGGAGUCGUGGAGAUAAAUCAGUGACGAUCCAGGCUCCGGGAGAGCCCCUGCUGGACAAUGAGUCCACGAGGGGGGAUGAGCGGGAUGACAACUGGGGAGAAACAACAACGGUGGUCACAGGCACUUCUGAGCACAGUAUCUCCCAUGAUGACCUCACACGCAUCGCCAAGGACAUGGAGGACAGUGUCCCGUUGGAUUGUUCCCGCCACCUGGGCGUGGCGGCAGGGGCCAUUUUGGCACUGCUCUCUUUUCUCACCCCGCUGGCUUUCCUGUUGCUGCCUCCACUGCUGUGGCGGGAGGAGCUGGAGCCGUGUGGGACCGCCUGUGAGGGCCUCUUCAUCUCCGUGGCCUUCAAGCUGCUCAUCCUGCUGCUGGGCAGCUGGGCUCUGUUCUUCCGGCGGCCCAAGGCUUCACUGCCCCGAGUCUUCGUGUUACGAGCUCUGCUCAUGGUGCUUGUCUUCCUGCUCGUUAUCUCCUACUGGCUCUUCUACGGCGUGCGCAUCUUGGACGCCCGGGAGCGCAGCUACCAGGGCGUGGUUCAGUUUGCCGUUUCGCUAGUGGAUGCUUUACUCUUCGUGCACUAUCUGGCCGUAGUUCUGCUGGAGCUGCGUCAGCUUCAGCCCCAGUUCACGCUCAAGGUCGUGCGAUCCACAGAUGGAGCGAGCCGCUUCUAUAAUGUCGGCCACCUCAGCAUCCAGCGAGUGGCAGUGUGGAUCCUGGAGAAGUAUUACCAUGACUUCCCUGUCUACAACCCCGCCCUCCUCAACCUGCCCAAGUCCGUCCUGGCCAAGAAAGUGUCUGGCUUCAAGGUGUAUUCUCUCGGAGAGGAAAACAGCACCAAUAACUCCACGGGCCAGUCAAGGGCCGUGAUUGCGGCAGCGGCACGGAGGCGCGACAACAGCCACAAUGAGUACUACUACGAGGAAGCCGAACAUGAGCGCAGAGUGCGCAAGCGCAGGGCCAGGCUGGUGGUGGCUGUGGAGGAGGCCUUCACACACAUUAAGCGGCUGCAGGAAGAGGAGCAGAAGAACCCCAGGGAGGUGAUGGACCCCCGGGAAGCAGCCCAAGCCAUCUUUGCAUCCAUGGCCCGAGCCAUGCAGAAGUACCUUCGCACCACGAAACAGCAGCCUUACCACACCAUGGAGAGCAUCCUUCAGCACCUGGAGUUCUGCAUCACCCACGACAUGACACCCAAGGCCUUCCUGGAGCGGUAUCUGGCCGCUGGACCCACCAUCCAGUACCACAAGGAACGUUGGCUGGCCAAGCAGUGGACAUUGGUGAGCGAGGAGCCGGUGACCAAUGGGCUUAAGGACGGCAUUGUUUUCCUCUUAAAGCGCCAGGACUUCAGCUUGGUGGUGAGCACCAAGAAGGUGCCCUUCUUCAAACUUUCCGAGGAAUUCGUGGAUCCCAAGUCACAUAAGUUUGUCAUGCGGCUGCAGUCGGAGACCUCUGUGUGACUUUGCAGCAGCCCAGAGGGAGGGAUGUGGGGGUUCCUGCGGAGUGGGAGGGGCUUGGUUCUCAGGCCCUGACACAUUUCUGCCAUCCUACUUCCUCUUGCUCUUGCUUUGUUUUGUGUUUUUUUUGUUUUUUUUGUUUUUUUGUUUUUUACUUGAAUUAACUUAUCCUGUACCCAGUCUCCUCCCCUAUCCCUCAGUUUCCCCAUCUGGAAAUCUGGAGAGAACACCUUGCUUUAACAAUACCUGGGAACCAUCCUGCCCCCUAAUUUUGUAUCACUCCAGGCCCUGCAGGAAACAGUGCCUAAUAACUACCCCCAAACCCCUGUUCUUCCCCCCAGAAUGUUCCCUGGAUGGAAGCCCCUUCCAAACGUGUUCAGGGCCUUCCUGAUUGUACCCUUGCCUCCUGAGCUCCAACUUAUAAACGUAUGUUCUUAGAGCCAUGCUCUCUAGUGGCCCCUGAUAGGGUUUCUCUUGAAGGCACAGCUCUGACCCCAGAGAACCAUGGUGCCAAAUUCCUGUGGGACAGCAGCUAACGCUGUCCCCCAUCCUCACCCUUAGCCCCAAGUCUCUGGGCACAAUGUACCUGUGACAUAGUCCCAGAGUUAGGAUUCUCCUUGUAGUCUUGCUCUCCAGUGUUACAGCUGUAGUUCCUGGUAUACACACACACACACACACACACACACACACACACACACACACACACACAGAACAAGGGGAAGUGUGGUCUUGUACCCAGGAGUCUUUACUGCUGUUUCUGACUUGUAUGGUCAUGUGAUCAUAGGCAAAUGGAGGUAGAACCUCUCUGACCACUUUACUAGGGCUGUGGGGAAGGUAUAAUGUGUCUUUCUUUCUUAGACAACUCCUGAGAGGAGGGGCAGGAUAGACCCCUGAGGUUGGAGAGACCCAAUGUCACUGACCCCAUCCCUCUGAACUCACCCCAUCCUUCUGGGCUGUUCUUCGCUACCCUUACCCAUGAAGGUUGCAUGUUGACCUCUUAAGGACUCCAUGACAUGCAGACCCUGACCAACCUUGGGGUUGAAGACAUUUUCUUUUUUGCACCAGCUACCCGAGUUCCUGCUGAAUUCCAGCUCCAGAGACCUGUGGCCUAAACUCUUCUUAUGGGGAGGGGCCAACAGCUCCUUCUCGUCCCCUGCCUUAAAUCCAGUUCUUUGCCUCAGGGGUCUCUUUUCCAUGGCCUUGCAGGGUCCCAUCCUCUUUUCUCCCCACCUCGCUUUCUGAGCUCUGUAUCAGGGUGAGGGACCAGGAUUACUGCCUUUUGUGGGUAUUAUCUUCUCACCCCAUUUAAACUAACAUAGCCUUUGCAGCAAGUCUGAAUCUUGUAAAUUUAAAGCUCACUUUGAGCAGGAUUCACUAACCCUCUAAUGGAUAUCUCCAGAGUAAACUUGAGCCUAUAAAUCAGACACCUUUAAAUUAUUUUUUACCGCAAGGACUGGAAAUCGGGAGUACCCACGUCCUUCCUUCUGGGAUCCAUGGGGAUGACUGGCAUGAUGGCUGUGAUGGAGAGAUGCCCCUGUACUGUGUCUGUAAACAACUCUUAAAGCCCCUGCCCAGGCCCUUCACUUCCCUGGGAAUUUCGCUGGUAUUUGCUGUGCUAAGCACACCCGGAGAUGGGGGUACCUCUGGUCUCACCGUCAGGCUGUGGGAUCCAAAGUGGGAGCCUACCCCUCCCCCCCAGUUACUAAAGGGCUUGUCCAUUAGGGGUGACUUUGUUCUCACAGGAAUGGUCUUUGGAGCUGACUUAUGAAGGGCCUCAAGUUUAGCUUAGGGCUGCAGUAGAGGUGCUGGAUAAACUCCAGUGAGAUGAAUAUGUCCUUGGGUAACGGGAAGGUAUCUUUUCUUAAAAAAAAAAAAAAGAAAGAAAGAAAAAAAAUGCAGGUUUCCGAGGAGAACCUUUUGAGUCACGUAAAUACCUCACUAUCCUGGAAAGCAGGGCCUGGAUAGUGAUUGGGGUCAUUGCCUUUGUGGGCAAGAAUGGGUUUUGCUGUUGCUUUGAGCAGUGGGUGGGCAGGGUGGGGCGAAGGAAUGGAUUGGGGGUCUUAGUUGAUGCCCUGGGUUAGGGGCACAGGAGUGUUUAUUUUAAGAACCUGCCAUGUUUUUUUAAUCACUGUGAUAUUUCCAUUCCUUUUUCCUAAAACAAAGAGAAGAAGUUCCCCUGACUCCCUGUCUAAGCACUAAGGGCUGUGACUUAAGAAUGGUAGCGUUUGGUCCUUCGUGUCGGAACUGUGGUAUCUUUGUCUACUUUGAUCGUUAUUAUUUUUUUAAAUGUCAGGAUGAAUUGUCAAAUGUGUGUGUGUGCGCGUGUGUGCAUGUGCGCGCGUGUGCGUGCGUGUGUGUGUGUGUGUGUGUGUGUGUGUGUCUUUUGCUUCUCCAGAACGGGAAGUUGUCUUUAUGCUGUGAACUGCAAUGGGUGGGCAGCUGACUCUCUGACUCUCUGAGCAGUUUCCUGAACCAAUGCUGUCCCACCACUCACUCGGUUUCUUAUGCUUCCACCGUGGGCAUGUGGCUAGCCAGCUCCUCGCUCUCACCGUUGUGUGCUGGGCUACUCCAGUACACUCGUUGCUCUGACCGUGUGGCAUCCUGUGUCAUCCCCACUGCACAACUUGACCUUUGUUUCCGUGACCUCGGCGCGUGCUUACUGCCCCUUCCUCCCACACCAGGACACCGUGCCUCCGUCCAUCACCUACCUCGCCACUGUCCCCGUCGGUCCCCUUCCAGUUUCUCCCUAAAUGUAUGUUUUUGUUCUUUCUGUUGGUUUUUUAUUUACGUCCCUCUAGCCUCCCACUUCCUCCCACUUCCUCCCAUCUCUGCCGAUAUGCUUUUGUUCCUAGCUGGCCACAGCAUUCCUAUGGUGAACCCUGAUUUAAUGAAGGCACGGAGACAGGAUUCUUGGGAGAUCCUCACUCCGAAUGUCUGUUUCCCAGGGUUCAUGCUCUCCCUGUUGGUUGGGCCUAGCUCUGCCUUGUUCCUUCCUGGUGUCUGUCAGUCUCUUUUCUUUCCUCUGUCGUCCCACUGGGGCAGCAUCUACUGAUGGAUUCUGUUCUGAUCGUGUGAUUGUUGUAAUUUGUUCUUCUGUGCGCAAAAGGAAGGGGCUUCUUGACUCUCUUCCAAGUGAGAUUGUAGAUGUAGAUUUUCCAUUGUUGGAUCUAGAUUUUUUUUUUUAUUCCCUUUUCUUCUCCUUUUUCUUUUUAAUUUUUUAAAUCUUUUUAUUUUAAAUUUUUUGGGGCUAUUUUUUUCCUUUUGGUUCCAGAGCUGAGACCUUGUGCAUGCAUGUAGAAAAUUGUAAAAUGUAAAUUUUUUUUAAUAUAUAAAAAGCUUGUUUUUACAUUUGCGGUGGAUUAAACAUUAUGGCAAUUUUAGGGAUUUUUUCUUAAACAUAGGAACUAAAACUGUACAAAAUUUUUUUUUAUAUAAAAUAAAGACAUUUGACUUUGG